UCUUCUCGUCGACGGCCUUCCGCCAUACUGUGCAAACGUGUGAGAAUCGGUCUGCUGAGCCGGCAAAUUGCUUUGGUCAAGACUGGAGAUCGAGUCGUGAAACAAUACUGGCAAGGGUGGCCACUCCAGGGAAGACGUAAGGCAGGAUCUAAGUGUCUGCAGUGCCCAACCUGCUGCUGCUCUUCACUGCAAAUUUGAUCUUCUUGGCGCCGCACACAAGCUGCACUUAGCCUCGAGCAUUGCAUUAGGAAUCUGUGCGACUGUACAUCAACCUUGGCGCGUGUGAAGAAAUAGAUUUUUUCGAGGUUUCGUGUGCCGAUAGCGAAGGUAGAUGUCUGGAAGACGUGGAUCAUCAUCUUACCCACCGCGGCACUCACCGUAUGGCGGUGGAGGGAACCGCGGCUAUGGUGGCGGUGGCCGUUCGUAUGAUGAGCGCAACAGCCACUACGGCCAACAUGAUGGCUCACGCAGUCCACAUACCCAGAGCCAUCCAGACAACAGAUACCAGUCAAAGUCUAUGCCACCACCUCAACAGCAGCCAAGAUCAUCAUCCCAGCCUUCCAAGCCUUCACCGCAAUCGCAGCAACAGUCUCCCCGUCAAACUCAACAGCAACAGCAGUCUCCGCAGCAAACACCUCGCCCCCAGCAGGCACCAGUGCAAGUGAACAACAGUCAGCCGCAGAAAACACCCGUGCAGCAACAGAAGCCUGCACCUGUUCAAGCGCAGACGAAAGACCAGGCACCGAACCAGCAAGCAACUCCACCAAAGCCGGUGGCUAAAGUAGAGCCACCUUCUCCGGUAGCCAACCAGAACUCUCAGCCAGUUAUCAAUGCUUCAGGUGGCCAGGGCACACCCACUGCUACGACGCCCAAUUCAGCAGAUGCAACGAACGCUGCAAGCAAGCCAGGUGGCGAACAUGCUGAGAAUUGCAAGCUUUUUGUAUCGAACGUGUCGAACAUGAUGAACGACGAAACGUUCCGCAAGAUGUUUGAAGAGCAUGGUGAAGUGCGUGACAUCUUCUUAAACAAGACCAAAUGGUUUGGCUUUGUGCUGUUUAAGACGCAUGAACAAGCAGAGAAGGCUCUGCGCGCCCUUAAUGGCACAGAGAAGAAUGGUCGCCGGCUGAAUGUUAGAUAUGCAACGCAGCAGAAACCAGACCAAGGUGGGCAGCAGGGCAUGCCUCCUGGUGUUCCUGGCCCUCAGCACCCUCAGCAGAUGCAGCAGCAGCAGCACCAGCAGCAGCAGCAGCAGCAGGGUCCAUUUGGUGGUCCCCCUGGCCAGGGCCCACCAAUGCCUCCCCCAUAUCCUCAGCCUGUAAAGCGUAGUGGGGCACGUUGCCGACUCUUUGUGGGCAACCUAGGCAACAACAUGACUGAAGAAGAGUUCCGUCGAAUAUUUGGCGCAUACGGAGAGUUGCUUGAGGUGUUCCUGCAUGCCCAGAAGGGCUUUGGCUUUAUCAAAUACGAGCAAAGGCACCAAGCAGAGGCGGCCAAGGCUGCCCUGGACAACACUCCUCAUGAAGGUCGCUACCUGCAGGUGCGCUUUGCCACGCAGGGCUCAUCACUGAAGGUCAAGAACCUCAGCCCAUUUGUUUCCAAUGAGCUGCUGGAAGAUGCAUUCUCCAUCUUUGGUGAGAUUGACCGUGCCGUGGUCAUUGUGGACGACAGAGGGCGCUCUGUGGGCGAAGGCAUAGUGGAGUUUGCACGCAAAACAAGUGCUCUGGCUGCACUCAAGAAGGCUUCUCAAAGCUGUUUGCUGCUCACCGCAUCCCCUCGGCCUGUGCUCGUAGAGCCUCUAGAUCUGCGUGACGAAGAAGAUGGAUUUCCGGAAAAGAACAUCAACAAAAACAACCCACAGUACCUUAAGGAGCGGGAGAUUGGUCCUCGCUUUGCUGAGCCUGGCACCUUUGAGUAUGAGUUCUCCAGCCGCUGGAAGAAACUGCUUGAGCUUGAGAAGCAGAAGCGCGAAUUUCUGGAUCGUGAAAUGGAGGAUGAAAGGCGCAAGCUUGAGGAAGAGAUGGAGUACUACCGCUAUGAGCACGAAACCCGGCUGCUGCGGGAGCAGCUCCGCAUCAUGGAGGAGCAGAACAAGAUCUUCCAACAUGAGCGAGAAAUGCGCCAUGCGGAGCAUAAACGCCGUGAAGAGAUGCGCCGGCAGGAAGAGAUGCUGCUGCGCCAGCGCGAGGAGGACAUUCUCGGUUUCACUCGCCGAGAACAAGCGGCUCAGCAAGCGGCCAGUAUGCAGCAGAUGGCGCCGCCACAACAGCAGCAGCUUGACCCAAUGGCAGCCGCUGCCGCAGUCCCGACCAAGGCGCCAACAGCUGCCAUUGAGGGGGCCACAUUCGUCAGCUCAUAUGACAGUGGCACCCGUGUGUCUCGCUUCGACCAACAGCAACCACCACCACAGCAGCACUAUGGCAUGCCGGCCGACGAUGGCAGGCGCCCCGAUGACUAUGCUGAUCGAGACCCGAAGCGUCGUCGCUACUGAUCACUUAUCUGCACUCCAUCUAAACAGGCCUUGUCGUGUAACACUCACUCUGUGGUCGUCCCUUUCCUGUAAACAUUGCUCUCUGCAUUGCACUGUGUCUAUCUGUCGCUCAUUAAACAUAGUUCAAACACCAUGAAA